AUGCUCGACGUCCGAGCAAUGAGAGGGGACCGGCCCUUCCGACGGCGGAGGGAACGGCCACUGCUGGUAUGCCAUGAAUGUCAUCGCCGAAAGCUAAAGUGCAACAAGCGGCUGCCCUGUGAUCGAUGCUCCAAGGCAAAGCCCCCUCGCAAUUGCGUCUUCGACGAUGCGGCAGCUGAGACGAACGAGUCACGUGAAUUACGACAGCCUCGAACAAUACAAUUCCAUAGCCCGAAUCAAAACGAAUAUAAUUUUGAGCCGUCACCAAGCGGAACAGAGGAAGUGAUCCGCCUGGGAUCCCCACAGAUAUCACCGGGCGCCUACGAAAGUUCGGCCUUCCCGGAAACAGUCGUGAGGCGGAAAGAACACGACCAAAAUGGUCCAGAGAUCCAUGUAUCAACUCCAAAAACGACAGUGGUCAGGGACGGUGAAGAGCACCCGGUGGUUGUAACAAAAGUCGCCCGAAAUGCUCCGAAGAGGAAUUGGUACGGGCGAAGCAGCGUAUACUGGCUCUUUGAAAAGUUGGAACACAUUACGAUACCUCUGAGCCAAGCUGGCUUUAUCGAACGCGACGGCAACUUCACUUUUUAUAGUGACGUCAAAGAGCAGCUGUUCCGACGACGACUCAUCAUUUCUGAAGACUUGGAGGAAACACAACGUUCCGUUUUCGAAGAGGUUCCAGACAAAGAUACGGCCAACAAACUCAUCCGUAGCUAUUUUGACACAUAUGGCUCCGUCUUUCUCUUUUUGGAUCAGGCUAGCUUCGAAGCCGAGGUACAACAAAGUUGGGCGUCACCAGAAAACGUGUCCUUGGCCUUCUGUAUUCACCUUUUACUGGUUAUCGCGGUCGGCAAUUCGACCAUUCAUUCGACGUUGGGCCGCCUUCCCCUCGCGAAGAUUACAACCUGGUGGCAUCUUAUCCAAGCUUGGCAGAACAUCACGCUUCGAUCAAACCCUUGCGACAUCAAAAUAUUGCAGACUUCCUGUCUGAUCAGUCUCAUGCGCCAGUCCUACAGUCUGGAAGCAUCUGCGAACUGGCCCUCAUCUGGAGCACUAGUACGCAACGCCAUGUUGGCAGGUCUACAUCGAGACCCUUCUUCCACAGGCCAACAAUUCAGCCUGGAUGAGUUAAAAUAUAUCAGCACCUGUGAGACUCUCGAAGGUUCUCAAAACAUUCCCUUGCCCGUCUCUUCUCUGAUAUCCACUCUACCGGUGAGAGUUGAGAUCGCACACUUUCUCAAUAACGCCAAAUCCUCAACCAGCUACGAGGAAGCUCUCAUCCUUCAUCAGCAGCUAGGCUCUGCAGCGCAAUCUUUGCUAUCACCGGAUUUUUGUCAUCAUCCCAGCCACACAACGUUCAUGCAUGGACUAGCAACUAUUCUGUGUAAAAGAUCACUAUUGGCCCUUCAUAUCCCCUUCGCGUCACUCAAAGUGCCAUCGUCCGCAUAUGCUCACAAUAUAUGCACGAUAACCGCCCUUUCUCUAUUGGACAGGCUCAAUCCUUCUUCAGACCAAAACAAGUGGCCAGAUACUGAUCCACUAACGGUCAUGAUGCGCUCAUCGAGCUCCAUCUUCCAAACUAUUGCUCUUCAAGCAGUCCUUUUGAUUUGCGUUCAACUAGAGAGCCAUAUGGUAGACCCACAACCGUGGACCCUUGUAACUGAACUAAAAGACAGAUAUGGCAAAACUUUUGAACGUUACCUCGUCAUUGCUGAACAAAGACUCUUGACGCAAGAUUUUGUUGGCAAGGCUUACAUGAUACCGGCCAUGGUUUUGAAGCACAUGAGACUUGCGACCUUGGGGAAAAGCAGGGACGAGAUUGCAGUAGAUGACUCAGUCAUUGCUGAAGAGGUCGCGAAAAAAUGCUUCAAUAUCUUUCGUAACAGGUCUGGUCUUCCUUCAGGAUAG